CCGUUCUGUACUCUCGCGAGAUGUUACUCCGUAAAAUCCAACAUGGCGGCGGUGGUCCAAAAAAAUUUUCUGACAGCUGGCGAUAAAACUUCGAUAUGAACUUAUAUAAGGACAUUACUCCGGAGUAUAUCCCUUCUAGGGUUUUUGAAGACAUUCCGACGCACCAGUCAGGGGAUAGACGUAAUUUUCUGCUGAAGGAGCUACAGAUAAUGGUGCAGGAAAUACCCGAGCACUAUCAGAACAAGCUGCCAGAGUCCCUGCUGUGCACCCUGGCCUCAGCGCUGAUGGACGGGAUGGUGUUCGACAUUGUGAGCAACCUGGAGGAGAUUCAGCAGGCCAAGGAGAGGAACCAGCUGGACGUCAGGACAAGGGCCAGCAAUAAACAUAAAGCUAAGAGAUUAGAGAUGGCUAAAAAGCACCGUGAGGUGAUCCAAGCCUGCCAGGGGGACCCACACCUGCUGAGGAGUGUAGAGACCACCAACAGGAGGGAGAAAGAGGAGUUAGAAGAGCUUCUAAAAGAGGAGAUGAGCCAGGUAGACAAGGAGCUGAUUCUGGAGAUGGACCAGGUAGUUCUUGAGCAGCAGAACACACUGAGUAAAGGUGGUAUUCCUGGUUUCACCAUCACCACAGACCCUGAGGAGGUCAGACUACAGAUGUACCUACUGGAGUUCAUCACCAGACUCAGUACAAUGGAGAUCCCUGUCUCCUGAUAGCCAGAGGUUGCGUAAGGGAUUCAGGAGAAAUGCAAUAUCAAGUCAUCCCCAGGAAAUUUUACCUCUCCCAGAACCAAGGUGCCAAUUGCCUUUAUGCAGGAAUAUAAUGUGGUACACAAAAGAAUUGCACGGGUAUAUUCACAACAGAAAAGAUGGAAUCAUGGAUGAUUGGGACGCAUGUUCCCAGGAUAGCAUGCUUCUCUCAGCAUGCUUUGCACAGAAAAUACAUUUCCUUUCCAGGACCAUGUGUGUGACAAACCUAGGUGGCAGUAGCUGCAAUUGGAAAGAAACAAGUGCAAAACAGUAGGGCACAAGAAUUGUUUUGAAGCAUACACACAUACAUGUGCCUAUAUUUGAAAGGCAGUAAGAAAUUUGUCUUUACACACUCACUCUGUCAUAUCUGGUUCAUAAAUUGUUAUUUAUUUGCAAAGGCAAGAUACAGAGAGGCAAAGUUGAAAUGAUGUAUGAUGUCUUGUGUUCAAUGAAGUCAAUGUCUGUUGCACCUGAGUAAAUGUUUUACUCUUUCUAUUUUCUAUUUUAUUCUAUUUAAUUACAUUUAUAUACAAAAAUUGGUUUUCCUGGAUAUCAGUUUUUCUUAUACAUGUACCACACUUUUUAAAAAUCAAUAUAUGAAUCUGACUAACUUAUUUAUUGCUCCUGGCUUGGGUGUAAACAGUAUUACAUAAUUUGUACAUCUUGAUUUGAAUUUCAUUUCUUUUCCUCACCAACACAAGAAUUAAACAAUGGGACCAGUGGCCA